AUGGAUGCCGUAGCACUGAGGAAGAUAGUUGUAGCUAAACAGAACUACCGCUGCGCUGGCUGUGGUACUCGCAUCGACCCAGAUUAUAUCAAGCGCCUGCGUUACUGUGAAUACCUCGGCCGUUACUUCUGCCAGUGUUGCCAUGAGAACGCCCAGGCGGUUGUUCCCGGCCGAGUGUUGAGGAAGUGGGACUUCAGCAAGUACUAUGUCAGCAACUUCGCCCGGGACCUGCUGAGCAAGAUCGCAGGAGACCCUCUGUUCAACCCCAAUGACAUCAACAGUGGCCUGUACAAGAAGAACAAAGCUCUGGAGGUCGUCAGGCUGUGCCAGGCGAAGGGCUUCGUGUGCGAGUUCUGCGGUAACGAGAAAGACAUCAUCUUCCCCUUCCAGCUGAACAAGUGCCAGCACUGUGAAGAGUGCCAUGCGUGCUAUCAUCGAAACUGCUUCCGGACAGGUAAAGACUGUCCUCGAUGUCAGCGGCUGGCAGAGCGGAGGGAGAGGCUGGCACGUAAAAACAUGGAGGAACAAGAAGAUGAGGGAGGUGGGUCUUAGUGCUGGUAACCGAAUAAACUCUAAGACGAGAGAAGAGCACAAUUCGACCAUGAUUGUAGUGACUGAACACCUCCCUUUGCAUUCUAAUCCUCUGCCUGCGAGACAAUACUGCAAACAAAUGUUUUGAUCUGAUAGACUUCCAGAUGGUUUAAACACAUCCGGGCAUCAGCUGUGUUAGUAAUGCUACUGUGGAUUUUCAGAUGCUUUUAGUGUAAACUAAGCCCCUUUCACACUUGCACGUUACUCUGUGAAUAGAGGUAGUCAGCGUAACUUUGAAUAGAAGACCUAAGUUGAUUUUCCAUGAAAAUGAAGUGUCUUUCAAAGAGAUCGCAAAAAGAAACUUGGCUUUAAAAACAACAUUCAUUGAAUUAAGUUCAGAUAGGUUUAUAACUCAUUCCUAAUGUAACUUUAUUUAGUUUGAUACUCUGGUGACCUCUACUGGCAGUAUCACCAAACACAUUGUGGCAGUUGUGGGACAAAGAUAUACACUUAAUUGUUCUAAAGAAAAGUGUAAAUGAAAAGUCCCUCUGCCUUACAGGAAUAUUCCACACUGUCCAUGUUGCAGUAACAUGUGCAACUUCUUGGCACUUUGUUCCUCUGUGGUACAACUAAUAUAUUUGAGGUCUAAGUAGAUCAGAAAACGAUUAUAACCAGCUAAGAUAUUGUUCCUUCCUACCAUUGCAGCUUCUGGCAACUGCUUUACCUCUGGUGAUAUUGUUGGCUACUGGCUUAGCUGAAGUUUGUAUUUCUGAACUAAGGAUCUAUUUUUAAGAAAUAUAUAAUGGCAAGUACAAAAAGCUAUAGUCUAUAUUUUUGACAGAUUUUUCAGUGCAGAUACUGUAUUUAAGCAAUCCUGCCCUUAACGUUAAUAUAUUGAAGAUAUUUAAUCAAUCCUAUUCUUUUCCUCGCUCCUUACUGUCCUGUUUUAAACUCUUUUAGCCAUGCUGAUGUGCCUCUGGGACCAAUUAACUUGUACUGGUAGAGCUAGCAGAGUUAUUUUGGAAAGAUGAGUUUAAAGAAGGACUUCACUUCUGAGUUUUAGAAUCAGUGUUGAAAAUAUUUUAAAUGAAACUGCAAAUGCUCCAUUUUUGUGCUGCUUUGUGUGAGUGUGUGUGUGUGUUUACUACGAAAAGCUUUGUGAAUAGGUGUGCUUGUGUGUGUGUAUGAGCACAUGUCUACCUGCUGUACAUGCAGCCAUGCAGAAAUGGUUUGAUCCAGCCUAAUCAGCACUUAUUUUCUAACAACGUUUGUAUUUGGAGAGUCGAGUUAAUUGCACUGAUCCUGUCUGUUGGUGGGGGUGGGACGUCACUAUGGGGAUUUUUCUAAUGUUCGUUAUAAGAACAUGAACCUUCACCGUGAAAUGUUGCUGUUUGUUGAAGUCACAU